AUGUCGCACAACGCAAUAAAUAGCACGGUCAGUUUUGAUUUCGACCUGGCUUUACCGCACAAUGCAUUCUCAAUAAUCGGGUGCAUCUGGAUGACACUGACUGUCAUAUUAAUCCUUACCUUCACUCCAAUCAGCCUGGUCGUCAUCUAUCAAGUCCCCAGCAUCCAGCAAACCACCAAGUUGUUCAUGACUUCGCUGACUGUGGCCGAUCUCGGGAACGGAUUGUUCUGGGCUUUGCCGAAACUCACUGAGAAUAUCGCCGGGUCCUGGGUGCUGGGUGACGGUAUGUGUAAGAUGUACGGAGUCGGCUACCGAACUUUCGUCUCGCUGAGUGUCUUCUCUCUCGUCUUGCUGAACAUUGACCGUUACAUCGCGAUCGUGUACUCACUGCAAUACUUCAGGAUUGUCACGGUGAAGAGAACCAAGAUAGUCAUUGCGGUGACUUGGGUGGUGAGUUUUACGAGCGGGGUGAGUGCGUUCGGCUUCGUCAUUUACCGCGUUGUGUCGGCGACACCGCCGCAUCUCUGCGUCUGGAAGGAGGAUGGUUUACACCAACUGGCUGUGGUCAGUAUCCUCUUCACUUCGCUGGUGAUCAUGCUGGGUCUGUACGCGCACAUCUUGGUCAUCGCGCGCCGUCAGGCACGGCGCAUUGCCAGCGAGACGCAGCCGCUAGGACCCCGCCGGGACAACGGGCUGAGACUCCGCCUCAAGUCCGCCACAACUGUCUUCAUCAUCACCGGCGCCGUCAGUCUAAGCUGGAUUCCUCAGAUUGUCAUCGGUGCUACCGAUUUACAAACCUCCAGGGAGACCAGAGUGUUCACGGACACACUGCUCAUGACGAACAGUUGGUUGAAUGUUGUCAUCUACAGUUUUAGGAAUAGAGACCUGAGGAAACGUUUGCAUGGCACUCUCUGGUCGUGUCGACGUUUGUGUUCUUGCCAACGAGAGCAUGCAGUUGCUGAUGCAUCGAACUGA